CAAGCAUUGCAGUGACCUCAGCAGUGGGCUGAAUUGAGCUGGGUGGGAUUUUCAGUCUCGAAUUCUCAAACGCGCAUUCAAGGAUCCCGAUUUAACGGUGUAUAUGAAAGGUUUCACCGGCGUGAGUUAAACGGUGCGGGUUCGCGUUCGCGUUCGUGUUUGCGUGCAUCUGACGAUAGGGAUCAAAUAAACGAGGAAUGUGGGAUUUACAGAAUGCCCAACAGCGUUGGAAAGAGAUUUAAACCCACCAAAUACAUCCCGGUGUCCACUGCCGCCACUCUUCUGGUUGGAUCCACUACUUUAUUCUUUGUUUUCACGUGUCCGUGGUUAACCAAGGCUAUCUCCCCUGUUGUGCCUCUAUACAAUGGCAUCGUCUUCCUCUUUGUGCUGGCCAACUUCAGCAUGGCCACCUUCAUGGAUCCAGGAGUCUUUCCCAGAGCGGACGAAGACGAAGAUAAAGACGACGAUUUCCGUGCUCCGCUUUACAAAAACGUAGAGAUAAAGGGCAUUCAAGUGCGAAUGAAAUGGUGCGCCACGUGCCACUUCUACAGACCUCCACGCUGCUCGCAUUGCAGUGUGUGCGACAACUGUGUAGAGGACUUUGACCACCACUGCCCGUGGGUGAAUAACUGCAUCGGUCGGAGGAAUUAUCGCUAUUUCUUUUUGUUCCUGUUGUCUCUUAGUGCUCACAUGGUGGGCGUGUUUUCCUUUGGCCUGCUUUUUGUGUUACACCACCUGGAAAGGUUGAGUGAGCUCCACACAACUGUAACUCUGGUGGUUAUGUGUGUGGCCGGGCUGUUCUUCAUCCCAGUUGUGGGCCUCACUGGAUUUCACAUGGUUCUAGUGACCCGAGGACGCACCACAAACGAACAGGUAACGGGAAAGUUCAGAGGAGGAGUGAAUCCCUUCACUCGGGGUUGCUGUGGCAACGUGAAGCAUGUCUUGUGUAGUCCGCUUGUACCAAGAUAUGUUUCUGAUCCCAGGAAGAAAACACCUGUCCCUAUCAAACCACCGUUCCUCCGUCCUGACCUCCCCAACCGCCACGUCACCGUAAAAGUCAGCGACAAUGGUAUCCAUAGCAACGUCUUACUAACCAAAUCGAAAACCAGCCUGGAUGGCAUGGAUGAUAAAAGUUUAGUCGUACAGCCACCAUUGCCGCCCAAAGCAGACCGCUACAACCAGCUCAAGAGUUCACUCACUUCCAGUGAAGAGAGUUCCCUAUCCAGCAAACCCACCAAUCCAUCCACCCCAGCAAUGUACAAAUACAGACCAUCCUUCGGCACCAUGCCCAAAGUGCACUAUCACGCAACAGGAGAGAAGAUCAUAAUGUCUGAAAACGGUAAACCCUCUUCAGUUUUAGAAGAGAGAGGUCACGAUUACCGUUCAGAGCCAAAUCUGGAUCUGCCGGACUAUCGUAGCCCAUCUCUCCAUCGAACAUACCAGUCCUCCCCUUUCCAGCUGGACUCCUUCAGCACCACGUCUCGCUCGUUCAGUCUUAAACAGGGAGUAAACAGGUCUGACCGUGGACCGCUAGCAGACGGCAAACCUGAAACGGUCACCUCCACCCCUCACAAAGGAGUCUUUUCCCCUGGAACCCUGUCUGGACGUAACGGCAGUCUCUCCUACGAUAGCUUGCUGACCCCCAGUAUAACACCUUCCGUGGGUGAGUGUGCCGCCCACCCAGGUGUGCCCUCUAUGGGAUUUCACUCACCCUACCUGCCCACUAAAAUGUGUCACGUACGAGGGCCCGAGUUUCAACGGCAUGCCGGCCAAUCAUCCUACAGCCCUGUGCAUGUUGGUGCGAUGUACGGCCGCCAGUCCCCACACUCGAGAGACCGAGAGCGAGACCCCUCCCCAGUACGUUAUGACAACCUCUCCAAAACCAUUAUGGCCUCCAUCCAGGAAAGAAAAGAACUCGAGGAGAGAGAGAAGCUCAUGCACACCCAAGCAUCAAUGGCUUACGCCAAUGAUUCGGGUGUGUUUGAUACCUGUUCUGGCGCCGCCUAUGGACUUCCACACGGGGUGUGCUACCCCGAUGGCCUGAGAGGUCCCAGCUCCAGGGAGCCCACUCCUCCCGUGUGCGGGUCUCGGGAUAACUUGAUAGGAGUUGUGGGAUACCCUCCCCGAACCCCUGCUCUUCGUUCCUCUGCCUCCUCGCUGAUCAGAGCGCCGAGGACUUCCACGACUUCUCUCCACACAGAUGGAAGCAAUGGAGGGAAUAUGCAGGGACGAACGACAGAAACUCAGUAUCGCUCUCCGUUACACCAGACGCGUCAGUCCCCGACCACCGUGCCCCGAUCUCCCUCAUACACGCACCAGAAGGUCGCCUUUAUUAGCGCCCUGGAGAGGGCUGAGUCACCACAUCUGGGUACAAGAGAGGACCGUGGUCAGGGUAGAGUCAACGGACACCUGAAGCACGGCCUAGCGCGUGACUGCCAUCUAGGGACACCUUCAGGAACUCCACUGAGUCCCAGCAGGCACACCAAUGUCAAAAAAGUCACAGGCGUUGGUGGAACUACAUAUGAGAUAUCUGUUUGAUGGACAACCGUAAGGAAAGCUGUACACUCCCUAGAAGGAAAAGCACUGCCAUGGCAAAUCCAUCUUCAGUUGUACUCAAGGAAAGAGUCUUUAUAUUGCUAUAUAAAAUUAUGCUUUGACUGACCAGUCAAAAACGACACUCUGUGACCGGUCUCACGGAAGAAGAUUGCCGGCAACUUUCCAUGUGGCCCAGUGUAAAAUAUAAUAUAACAGAUGCCACUUCGACAAAGGUGCCUCUUGUGGAGCAUUCAGGUCACACAGAGAUCACACACACAACAGAAAUACUGGUGUAAUAGCUUAAAAUGGAAAUGUACAAAACCAUUAAGGGCUGAAUAUGUACACUGUUGGUUCAAUUAUUUGUGUUUAUAUUAAAAUUCAAAGGUCACUUAUUAAAUGCAAAGGUGCUCAGUAUGAUGAUUAUUCUUUGCAGUAUAGGUCUAUAUGAAUGUGACUGUGUAUGUACAUGCUCGUGACACCAUUACUGAUCAUUCAAACGAUCAGGGUUUCCCCCAUUCAUUUCAUACCCUGUUACUGGUCUCCAAACAAACCAUGACAGCACUUGUGUAGUGAUAAAAACCUACACAGAAGUUAUUUUCUAAUGUAAGCCUAUAAGCUGCCAUUGUGAUAGACAUACGUGUAUGUAAUAUUAUUGAGUGAAUAUUAAAGAAAAUGUUAAAAGAUAAGUAUGUUGCCUGGACGAAUACUGGCCAUUGUUACAUUUUUCAAACUUUGUUAAAAGUGUUUUAUAGUCGAAGAGUUAGUGGAAAUAUUAAACAAGCUCUUCAGCUUUGAUGGUAAAUCCUGUUACCUUUAUAUUUGGAGUUGAUUUUGAUAUAUACAGGUGUAUUUAAGUUUAUGUUUUUGUAAUUUCAUUUAGGUGUGUAGAGUAAAAAGUGAUUGCUAUAUCCCAAAGAGGAUUAUGAGGAUGAAUCAAUACACUUCAUUUCUUUUGUUUUUGUAACUUUGUGCUUUUUCUGUCUUUUAGUAGUUUGGUAUAUAUCACUUUUCAUACUGAAGUUCAGAUCAGAAGUGGGUGUUUGUAUUUUGUGUGUUUUUUAUUUUAUAUUUUAUAAUUUAUUUGUACAAAUUAGUAUGCAUUGUCAUUGUUUAAGUGUGAAAGUAGUACUUUUUAUUUUAAUCCUAGUGAAAGAACAUUGAAACCGAAUGAUGUGGUGUUGUUAAAGGUUUAGGGGAUAACAAUCAAGAUCAAGCCAUUAAGUAAAAUGCUUUGUUAUUGAAACAAUGGAUCCAUUUGAGAUACUUUAAAGGGACACUCCACUUUUUUUGAAAAUAUGCUCAUUUUCCAGCUCCUCUAGAGUUAAACAUUUGAUUCUUACCGUUUUGGAAUCCAUUCAGCUGAUCUCCAGGUAUGGC